CAUGCGCGAGUGUAUGGUGUCACGUGAUAUCGCUUUGAACAGGCUCGGCGGAAACGGAAAAGGUGAUGUGGAGCCAACAUGGCGGAUAGGCUAACGCAGCUUCAGGAUGCAGUUAACUCCCUGGCUGAUCAGUUCUGUAAUGCGAUUGGAGUCCUGCAGCAAUGUGCCCCACCUGCCUCCUUCAGCAACAUCCAGACCGCCAUCAACAAAGACCAGCCCUCCAACCAAACAGAAGAAUACGCCCAGCUGUUUGCAGCACUGAUAGCAAGAACAGCAAAAGAUGUUGAUGUGCUGAUUGACUCUCUGCCCAGUGAAGAAUCUACUGCUGCACUGCAGGCUGCCAGUCUGAGGCAGUUGGAAGAGGAGAACCAGGAAGCUGCGGCCCGUCUGGAGGAAGUAGUUUACAGAGGAGACAUGCUGCUGGAGAAGAUUCAGUCAGCUCUAGCAGACAUCGCCCAAUCACAGCUGCGCACACGCAGCGGAGCCCCGAGUCAGCUGACACCACCAGAGUCAUGACAGCGACCGACCAACCACACAUGGACUAUAUCAUCACAGCAGGGAUUUUAUACUCAUCCUCCAUGGAUCGCAGGAGAGCAUGUGUUAAAUGAAGUUUGUUUCUGGACUGAAGAGUGUUUCUGAUUGUUUUCCAUCGCAUGUCUUGAUUUAUAUGACCUCUGAUAUCCUUUUCUACCUGAUAAAUGUAAAUGUUCAGCAUCCAUCAGCCUUUUUCAGACAGUUGGCAUCUGGGUAAUUUUUUUGCUUUGCUAUAUUUAAUGAUGUUUUUUUUCUUGUUAUGGUUAUGCGGUGUUCAUUUUGUUUUAACAAAAUACAUUUGUAUGAUAGACAUUCAAAAAUGUUGAAUGAAAUGCUUGUUAUUCUUCGCAGAUUGAAUUAUGAAUUCCUUCAUUUGUCUCAUGCAAUUCCUUAGUCAAUAGACUAUUCUUUAACAGAUUUAUACACAUAAGAGAUCUUAAACAUUGUAGUUUUAUUCUUAUUUUAUCACUCCGUCUAUCAAAUGUUUUGGUUGGUUCUGAACUGACUUAAGAAACUUAACUUCAUCAUGAAAACAAACACAACAAAGAACUUUCUCUUUAUUUAUUCCUUCUUUUUCUAGCUUGUACUUAUUUGAACAAUGUCCAAAACUUGGUAUUACAAGCACUUCCUGUGUCUGUUUGCCUCUUUAAGAAGAAUCGCUUUAUGUAUCCCCCAAUUC